GGGACUAGUGUACAUGGGAGGGGUAUAUUUCCCAGAAUACAACACGUGGGGAGGCUGAAAUACGACGUUUCUAUUUAAUCAUGGUACCAUUAGGGAGGAGAUGGGAAGAAAGUGCUAAGCUACCCGAAACAUAAACCAAGUCGGCAUUUGCGCUGCACCGGAACAAGUGUGCACACAAUCCUCUGUGCACACUCACCCACCAGAGGAGGCCAGCCCAGCCAGGACCAUGAGCGAGCGUGGCCCUCGCACGGAGGCCUCCAUGUUUUUGCAGGUGGAGGUGGACCGCCUCGAGCGCGAUGACAAAGAGGACAACGAUGAAGACAAGAUGGCGCACUAUGACGACGACGACAAAGAUGACGACGACCUGAUGUCGGCACCCUCGGGCUCCCGCGUCUACGACCGCACUACGGUGCUCAUCGAGCAGGACCCCAUCCGUCUGGACGAGGAGGGAGAGGAGGACCAUGGACACUGCGUCGGGGGGGACCACGACGGUGGGGGCACUUUCCUGGUCGAUGAGGAGGAGGAGGAGGAAGAGGAAGAAGGCUCUAUGACCUUCAUGGGCGACCAGGACGGCAUGUCGCAGGGAUACGUGCAUCACACCAUCUCGCCCGACCAGAUCCAGUUCAUCAUCAACCCGGGGUCCAUGGCCAUGCCACGCAACAUCGAGGGGGCCACCCUCACCCUGCACUCGGAGUGUCCGGAGACCAAGCAAAGAGAGGUGAAGCGGUACCAGUGUAUGUUUGAGGGCUGCACACGGACCUACAGCACGGCGGGCAACCUGCGCACACACCAGAAGACCCACCGGGGCGAGUACACGUUUGUGUGCAACCAGUUGGGCUGCGGCAAGGCCUUCCUCACCUCCUACAGCCUGAAGAUCCACGUGCGCGUUCACACCAAGGAGAAGCCCUUUGAGUGCGACGUACAGGGCUGCGAGAAGGCCUUCAACACUCUGUACAGACUGAAAGCGCACCAGAGACUGCACACGGGGAAGACGUUCAACUGCGAAUCGGAGGGAUGCACAAAGUACUUUACCACACUCAGUGACCUGAGGAAGCACAUUCGCACUCAUACAGGGGAGAAACCAUUCCGGUGUGACCAUGAUGGUUGCGGCAAGGCGUUUGCUGCCAGCCAUCACCUAAAGACGCACGUGCGGACACACACAGGGGAGAAGCCUUUCAAUUGUCCCAGCAACGGCUGUGAGAAAGCAUUCAGCAGCCAGUACAGUUUGAAGAGUCACGUCAGGGGCCAUGGGGACAAGGGCCAGCCCUUCAGUGUCACCAUCACUCACCCCCUGUCCGAGGAUGCAAAUCAUUCACUGUGCCUCAGUGACUUGAGCCUCAUCUCGACUGACUCGGAGCUCAGAGAAAACAUCCACAAUUCUCAGAACUUGGACUUGAACAAUGUUACCCCCGUGAGGAUCUUUGAGCUCAUGUUCCAGAGUCCGGAGAACAGUGUCAGUCAAGACGAUGCCCAUCCUCACGAGAGCCUUGUCGAAGCUUUUGGCCAGGAGACUGGUCAGUCCACCAUGGGCGAUGGAUCCACCCCCAUCUCCUUCUCAUUCUCCCUUGUCCCUUCCUCCUCAUCGUCCUGUUCCCACCCACACUAUCACCCUCACUCCGACACCACCUCCACCACUGUCCUGGAGGCUUCCUCCCAGCUCCCUCUUAGCCAAACCCCCUCUUCCCAACCGCCAGCAUCUCCUGCCACCAUUAGUAAUGUUACUGCAAUCAGCUCCACCCAGCCCCUUGCCACCUUCGUACCCUUACCCACUGCCAUGCAGACACCAGAUAUGCCUGCCCCCAACGUGGCGCUGCCCAUACAGAUCACUCCAAUAGUGCCCUCUGCUGCGCCAGUAUUGGUGCCAGGCCCAGCCCUCACCAACGCGGCUCUGGGCACUGUAGUUGCUGCCACCCCCACAGAGACUGUGCCGCUGCCGGCCGUGGCUCACACACACACAGUGCCUUUGGCCAGCAACACCAACCCUGCCCUGGCGCCCCCAGCCUCUGCCCCCACCAUCGCCCUAAGUCACAGCCACACCCAGAGCCUGCUGCAGCCCAGCAUCGUCAUGUCCGACCAGAACCUGCAGUGGAUCCUUAACACCGCUGCCAACAGCCAACAGAACCCAGAGCAAGCGCCACACGGAGGUCCAAAAGUGGAGAAGGUCUUCUUUACCACAGCCAUACCAGUAGGAGGCAAUUCAGGCAACUCUGUCCAGCAGAUCGGCCUCAGCCUGCCCGUCAUCAUCAUCAAACAGGAGGAGUCCUGCCAGUGCCAGUGUGCCUGCAGGGACUCUUCUAAAGACAAGCUCUCGAACAAGAGCAGCAACACCUCGGCAGCACCACAACAACAGCCCACAGUGCUCCCCGCUCCUCUACCACCCUCCGCUCCCGUGGCACUGCCCUUUUCCCCCGUACUCCCCCCGGCACCCUCUUCCCCCUUGUGCUGCCUCCCACCGCUCACCUCGGAAGUGAACGAGUCCCCUCUUCCCCAAACAGGAGCGGUACUAGGACCGGGUAGCCCCUCGAACCCUGUACAGACGUUCCCCCCAGGGGUGGCCACGGCGACCACCAACCCCCCUCCGAUCACGUCCAUGGUGGCCAAACCAUCCGUGUCGGAAUUCCUGUCCCUGCAGAGCCCCGAGAGCACGGCCAACAUCGAGGCUCUGCUACUGGUGACCAGCAAUGAUGACUUCACUCUGGCCACCGCUGGCACUAGCACCACCACCAACCCCUAGUGGACACUCAGGCUUCGUCCCUAUUCGCCACUCUUCUUGCAUACUCCCAGUCAUGGAUUUAAAAGCAUUUUCGUGAAAGCGUUGGGCAGAGGGAGUUUCUACCAUUGUUAAAUUAAAGGGAGUGUGCAUAUGCACACAUUAGGAGAGGAUAUAGAAUCAGGACGCAGCCGUACAAGCCGAUUUACCCACUACGCAUCCGCUUUUCAAGUAUUGUAAGUGAAACUUAAUGAGGGGGCUUAUUUUGAAAAAGCAGCUAAAUGCAUGCCAGUCAAGAAAAGUGUUCUUAAUUAGCUGGCUCUCCAUCAAACAAGACAAGGUCCUAAGCACUGAUCAUUUGAAAGGCCCGAGGAACUAUUGUGUGCUUCUAAUAUGGUGUGAAGCUGAUUCCUGAGAGCAACAAAACAUUGUCUAUAUCCAUGUACUGUACAAUAGUUCUUAACUGUAACUAUUAUGAUUAGUUGGUAAGUGAUUGACCAGAAUGCACUGCAUGUGAAGUGAAUUGGAAUUUCAUCAACUAUAUUUCCUACAAGGAAUUAGUGUUGCCAUUCCCUUAAAAGCAAUGUCUUGCUAAUGCCAUAAUGUGAAGAGUAAUUUCCAGUGUUUUACCUAAAUUAGCUAGUGUAGUCCAGAUCAUUGUUUUGUCUUUUGUCUCACUUUGUUCGUUGUUGUCUUUCUUUACAGGCAUAUUUACUAAUUGAAAAAUAUAUUGCCUGUGACGCAAUGUGCUUGCCUUUUUAAAUAUAAUUUAGAAGUAAAUGCGUUAGUAAUAAGCCUAUAACUUAAUAUUUAAUUUGUCAAUAAUAUUUUAUUUAUUGGAGAGAGAAAAAAAUCUAAAUCUCUGACCUUAGACUGUCAUCAAGUCACAGCUUAUUCAUCAUCAUUGUAAUCAUUGUUAAUUUAUUCCACUUUUCGCCCAAGGUUUCUUUUUUUAGUCCCCCCUCGUUACUGAUUUUUGUUUUAUGGAGCCCCUCUCAGUCUGUUUCAGAAAGCUGUUUCAACACAACGCAAUUAAUUAUAUAUCAAGGUUGUCAAAAGUCCUAAAUUGAGUUUUGGUCAGCAAAACCUCUUCACAAUGAAAUCAUGAAUCAAUUAUGAAAAUAAUUGCUCACGACACUGUUUCUCUAUGAAUUAUGACGCACUCAGGGAUGCAUCAUGGCAUAUCUCAUUUAUACAGCUUGAGAUUUUCCUUUAUUUAAUAAGAGAUUGUCCAUUUUGACAUUUUAGAAGGCAACUGCCCGGAUGCCUAUCGAUUGUAGUAGCCCCCUUUUUCGGCUGCACUCUCCCCUCUUUGUGCACAGUCUAAUAUGACUAGUUAUCUGCGUUAUUACUAUGACUAUUUAAAUACCACUGCUGUCAGAAGGGGUUUCUGAAGGGUGUUGAUGAUGGUGUAAAUACAUUACAUUUAAAUAUAUGAACACUUAUUCCUUCAGAUUGUUUAAGAAUGUAUUUGUUUUGUAUAUACAUUUUGAAUAUGUAGACUUGAACCUUGGAGACUAAAGACAAUACACCCUGCGCUGCCCUUUGUCUUUGCAUUCUGCCCCCAUGCAGAUGCUCUCACAUCUUAUGCAGAAGAGUUUAAAAUGAAGCCUAAUAAUGGUUAGUUUUAGGGCCACUGGCUACUGUGCAGUCAACAUAGUAUUUAUUUUCAAAUGCAAGUGUAAGUAACUUUCUUAGAGUAUAUGACAAUAUUGUUUCACAUGGGACAUAAUGCAAUGAUUAUAAAAAAUUGGAGAGAAGGCAUUAUGCCCAAAUAUCAUGUGUAGAGCAACCUUGCCUUACUACAGGAUAUCUCACUUGCUGUGGCUUACUGAGCAGUCUCCUUGUCUUGUCAAUCUUUGCCUAUGGCUUGAUUUGGACACGCUGCUUGAUUACGUUCUCCUGUUUUAUCUAGUCUUGUUCUCAAUGCCUUUUAGCAGCUGUCUACAAGUGGCCAAAAUGACAUUGAAAAGAAAUGCUUCAUUUUAUGUUUGAAGAUUUAACAGACAAAUGUGCCAACAAAUCAAAUGAUCCCAAUUAUUAUUUUUAUGUAAUUGUUUUGUGAAGAUGUUACUGCAGAAAUAUACUGUAGACUGAAAUUGUUUCUCUUGAUUCUUUGUAGUACUGUAUUGGAGACAACUUCUUAAUACUUUAUUUUACAGAUCACUACAUCAAUGUUGUAGUUGGAAAUUAGAAUUACAUCAACAUUUUAAUUGCUACUUCACAGGCAUUGAUUGACAGCAGCUAUCAUGAUCUAUUAUUUAGCAUGUAAAGAAGGGUGACAGAGAUCCAACAUAGGCGUCAUCAUGUAUCAUAGGAUAACAGAGUACGCAGGAAAUCUUUAUCUGGCAGACCUGAGUAGGAGAAAUGUGUAAACUAACAUGGGCUUUGCCCUUUUCCUGUUUUGAGAUUUAACUGAUACCAAAACUUGAUGAUAACCUGGAAUAUUGAUUAAUGUAGCUAGCACUUAAAAUUGGGUCCACUAGAUUGUGAAUUGUGAUUUGAGAUUGUGGGGCAAAUCUGUCGUUCUGCCCCUGAACAGGCAGUUAACCCACUGUUCCUAGGCCGUAUUAAAAAUAAGAAUUUGUUCUUAACUGACUUGCCUAGUUAAAUAAAGGUAAAAUAAAAUUGUUAAAAAUAAUCAAAUAUUAAAUUAUUAGUUUCUUAUUGACAUUUAUACUAAAUAAAAAUAUUAACGCAACCAUUUUUGAAAGAUUUUACGGAGUUCAGAAAAGGAAAUCAGUCCAUUUGAAAUAAAUUCAUUAGGCCCUAAUGUUUGGAUUUCACACUGGGGAGCCAGGCCCAGCCAAUCAGAAUGAGUUUCCCAACAAAAGGGUUUUAUUACAGACCUAAAUAAUCAUCAGCUGUCUCUGUGGCUGGUCUCCGUCAAUCGCACAGGUGAAGAAGUUGGAUGUGGAGGUCCUGGGCUGGCGUAGUAACACGUGGACGUAUUGCCAAAUUCUCUAAAACGAUGGAUGUGGCUUAUGGUAGAGAAAUGAACAUUCAAUUCUCUGGCAACAGCUCUGGUGGCCAUUUCUGCAGUCAGCAUGCCAAUUGUGCGCUCUCUCAACUUGACAUCUGUGGCAUUAUGUGCCCAGCAUAAGGUGCACCUGUGUAAUGAGCAUGCUUUUUAGUCAGCUUCUUGAUAUGCCACACCUGUCAAGUGUAUGGAUUGACUUGACAAAGGGGAAAUGCCCACUAACAGGGAUGUAAACAAAUUUAUGCACAAAAUUAGAGAGAAGCAUUUUGGGAGUAUGGAACAUUUCUUGGAUCUUAUUUAUUUUCAUGAAACAUGGGACCAACGCUUUACAUGUUGCAUUAAUAUUUUUGUUCAGUAUAGGUAUCCCCCCUGACAAUGCUGGUCAAUAACUAAAUGUAUUGUAAAUAUGAAUCCUGACCCACCCUCUUACUGCCCUCAACAUGUUCACCUACAAUUCGAUGCAAACCUUUUUAAAGAAAAUAUCUAUGCAAUGAUUUGACUGCAGUUUUCCUUAAAGUACAAAAUGCAACAAAAAAAAACCUUUCCAACCUUUUACGUCAAUGUCUUGGUCCAAGUAAUUCUGUUAAAUCAAUAUUCAGGUUUGCUAAUGUCAACUUUGACGGCUCAACUUUCUCAUUUGUGAAGCUCCAUGUACGUAACCAUUUUUGCUCACCAAUCUUUCAGUAUUCAACUUAGUGAUUUGACCAACUUCGCAUCCUAUUUUGAUCACCAUGAUCAUCCAUUUUAUGUGAAGGUCCAAUUUAUUAUGUGUGAUGUAUCAUGUUUUAGGUGGGGCUGUGAGCCUGGGCAUUGAAAUGUUUUUUUAUUUUUUAUUAUUACCCCCAUUGCUUUCCAUUGAAUUGUCUCUUUUUUUUUUACAUGUACUUGUUUUGCCUCCCGUGUGAGUUACCUGGUUAAACACUAACUGGAUUUCGGGAAAAAAUUACUACAAUAUGAUUCUGUUGUAAGAAUUAUUUGUGUCAAAUGUUGUACCCUGCCCUUCAUCUUUUUAAAAGUUUUGGGUGAAAGACAAUCAUAUUUUCUUGUGUUCUCAUACUGUAUGUGCUGUUUUUGCUCAAGUCAUCUCAAUUAACUUUACGUUAAUCUGUAAGGGUGAUACAAAUUUGGACCCGAUUUGUUAGACCCAUUGUUAGAAUUGAAAGUGCUGGUUCUACCUUUGCUAGAAGAUACUGACCCUACUGUUAUGCUUGUUUACACCGAGCUGCACUAGACUCAAAAUGCAAUCAUGGUUACAUUAAGGCACUGGAGCCAGCACAAGAUAUGGGUGGGAAAACAUACCUCAAUGCAGGGAUGGGAUUUGCCACUGUACUCCAAAAAAACUGCCCUUUUCAUCCUCAUGCUAGCUAGCAGUAGCCACAGCAGCCAUUGUGGAAUGGCACAGAUACCCACUAGUUACCACAACCACAAAUUGGGUGUAUUGUAAAACGUCAUGAAAACAAGCUUUCUUACUGUAAAGAAAGGCUUAGGCAUAAGAUUAGCAUUGUGUUUAAGGUUAGGUUUAAAAUUACAUUUUGGGGAGAGAAAUAGAAGAAAUAGGUGGGGUUUAUGACUGAAUCCAUGAAAACAAAAAAUGUGCUUUUCUUAAUUUAAUGUAGGCAGUGUGAUUAGGUUUAAAAUCACAGUUUGAGAAGUGAAAGGGCAGGGUCUAUGUAGUAGCUAGUGAUGACAAAGGGCACGUCACAUUGAACAAAAAAAGCUAGCUGAUUGGCUGGUGAAUAGUGCUAGCUAGCAGGAGCACAAAAAUGAUAAAACUAGCAAUAUUUCAAUCUUCUCUGUGGAUCUGUGUAAAGAUAAAAUUGAGUACAGUAGAAUAUCCCAGAGGUAUGUUUUCCGACACUUACCUCGCACGAGCUCCGCAGUGGCCAGAGCAGCAGGUAGCCUAGCGGUUAAGAGUGUUGGGCCAGUAAUCGAAAGGUCGCUGAAUCGAACCCAAAGCCAACCAGGUGAAAAAUCUGUUUUUGCCAAUGAGCAAGGCACUUAACCCUAAUUGCUCUGGAUAAGAGUGUUUACUACAUUACUAAAAUGUAAACGUAACCAUGGUUCUGACCCCAGUAGAGCUGUUUAAACAAGGGUUGAGUCUGUCAUUUUCAGCCUUUUAUGGAAUAGAUUUUACUUAACCUUUAGGUUAAAUUGUCAGGCGAAUAACAGCUCAAAUGGGGAUUUAUUUUGUAGCCAAUGGUCAGAUGCUUAGAAUGGUGAGUUCAUAGGUGCAAAACGCUGGCUGAGGUUUUGAAAAAGUAGUUUGUAUUUUGGAAUUCUGUUCAUAGUUAAGUACACAUGAUUAUUUGAGCACUCAAUAUGUAAAAUGAGGGGGAAAUUUAAUAAUCCAGAGGAAUGUCUUCAACACCCAAAGAGUGAUAAGUUGUGAAGGAUUUCUAUUUUUAAAAGAAUGUAUCAUGUGAAAUUGGUUUGCUUACGCUUGUUUUGUAUGAAGUAGUAUUGUAUAAUAAAGCAAGUACUUUUUGAAUUGAGA